AGAGAGCGGUGAAGAAGAGAAAGAUGAAGGAGUUUCCGAAAUAAUUUACGAAAAAAGGAUUAACGGAAAGCAAAGGCGAAGAGAAUCUGCUUUUUGUUAGUUUACAAUAAGUUGUGCGCCUCUUCCUCUUCCGUGUCCCUGUGAAAUAUGUUCAGUACGCUCGAGCAUCUUAAACGCCGAACUCCGGAGGGAGGAAUCAAUCGAAGAGCGUACAUCCAGCUGCUCGUCGACGAGUUUUACGAAACAUCGAAUGUUGAGGCGCACCAACAAGUGACCGCGAAUCUGGCCAACUUUGCGUACGAUCCAAUCAACUGGCGCUUUCUGAAGGAAGCAAAGGCGCACGAGCUGUUUUACGAAAUUCUCGGCGAACGAAUCGUGGACCGAUUGCUCGUUCUGCAUGCGAUCGUAGGAUUAACCAACCUAUCGCUGGAUCCCGGUAUCGCGGAAUACCUCGUUCGCAGCAACGGUUUGAAACGACUCGUGGAACUGCUGGAGAAGUACGGCACGGAUUGCGAGAUAGUCUGUAACGUGCUGACCUGCUUGACCUUUCUGCUAAACACCGAACGAUCGCAGGCGUUGCUGAGAGAUCCGAAACUGUCGUCAUUGCUGGUGCAUUUGAGGCAGAACACGAACCGCAGGAUCUCCAACCUUGCCGUGGUACUCUCGGAAGAUCUCAAACAGAAAUAAGAAUGCUCCGAUCGCUGCUGCAAACACGGUGCUUUAGCGUCAACAGUGGCGUGACUGUGGGGACAGUUUUCCGUAUCACGCGAACAUUCCGGGAGCAGGAUCUGCAACAAUUUGUUACCCUCACCGGUGACAGCAAUCCGAUUCAUCAGACAACGACGACGACGACGACGACGGGUGCAUUCGUUAAUGGUGCUUUCCUGAAUGCCGUUAUUGCCGGUAUCAUAGGCACGAAUUUCCCCGGGCAUGUUGUAACAGCACAGCAGUUUCGCUUCCCGAACCGGUGCCAGCUACACCGUGAAGUAACGUUCAGUGUUCGGGUAGAGGAGCUGCGCAAAAUUGUUACCGUUUCGUACGAAAGCAAACAAGAUGAUCGGAUUGUUUUCGAAGGCAACGCCAAACUGUUUGCGUUGAAAACGUAAGCAAAUCGACGGUUCAGGAAGUGACGAACUGGCUGGUGCUGGUGGAAAACAACUUUCUACUGUCGACGCUCAGCGACGCAGCAGAUUGUUUGUUGUGUGCAUGUUGCACAAUGAAAGUGACCAGUAAUGUGUAAAUAAAUAGCGAAAAAGAAAUUAGCUAGAUCAACUUAACCAGGAGAAAGUAUGAUAUGCAUCGCUAGAAAGUAGAUUCCUUCACGAAAAGGACAGAGAACGG